AAAUAACCCUUCCCACGUUCUCUCCUUCCCAAACCCCAGUUCCUUUAGCCGAGAGGAAGAGAGCAAAAAUGGAAUCAUGGGUACCUCUCUUCGAGAUCUUCCUGAAAUCUCCGACACCUGAAACCGAGGCAUCUCAAUGGUUACACCAGGCUUUCAAUGCGUCAUCGUCUUCAACCCCAGUUACCACAAGCGCUUUCCUCUCGUUGCUUACAAAACCCUCCGACGCCAUUGUGGGCGAGGGCUCUUCAUCUGCUAAGCCUUCCUCGCCUCCUCGUACCAAGCGGGUCAUGUUCAUAGAGACUUUACCGAGUAUGGUCCAGGCUCGGGUUCUCUCGUUUCUGGCUUAUGAGCGUCAGAGGUUUUGCACGCGUGACUUGUCAAGGCUGGCCCGGGACGUUUUGAGUUUGGAUCAGGAGCUCGAUUUCUGGGUCAGGAGAGCUGCCCACAAUCUGCUUGAGGUGUUGUCUGAUACGAAGUACGAGUGGAUUUCUGGUUUGAGUUUGGAUUCUGGGGAAGAAGGCGCGGAUGAAGAGUUCGAAUCUGUACCGGGUUGGCUUAAGGAGGCGGCGGGUGCCAAUGAUGUGUUUCUCCCUUGGCUUCCUAUUUCUCCGGACAAACUGAAUGCAAAAACAUUUCUUGGCACCAAUGAAGAUAGUCUGGAUUUUUCGAAGUACGAUGGAGAGGAUGGAGAAGAAGAGUUGAAUGCAGUCAUGGAGGAAAUGGAGGUUGAUCGUCCCACAAAUGUUCCUGUUGGAUCUGAAAUUCAAGAAAAGGCUAGUUCUUUGAAAGCUAGGACUCUGAACUUCGAAUCUUCUUCAAAAACUGUUGGUUUAGCUAAUGAAAUUCGCCAACUUUGCUUGGACAAGGGUAGGGAUUCUUUUGUGGUUUUGGGUCUCAUUGAACCUUGGCUGGCAGAUGAUGAAACCGCUUCAGUUUUAAUUUCACAUCUCACGAAUGGAAGCGAAGAAGAACUUAGUUGGCCGAGCCAGGUUCUAUGCUCAGUCAUCCUUCCCAAGUUCUUAUUAGAACCAGCUUCUCGUGUGCUUGUGGCUGCAAUAACAGAGUAUUGCAAGCUUCAUCAGAAAGCAGCCGUGUAUGCUUUCUUGUUUCCGUUAGUUCUCAGAAGAGAAGGAAUCAACAACCCCAUCUGCGAUGUGAUUGCGAGGAUCAUUAGGGAAUGUUUGCACCCAGUUCAUGUUUCUGCUUUUUGUCAAAAGCUAUUGUGUGGAGAUAAAGAUGAAAGGAGGGUUAUCUGUCUUCCCUGCCACCAACAUUUAAUAUCUAAUGAGUUGGUAUGGACAGAAUCAUUGUUUAACCUGUUCCAAAUCAUCUUAAAUCAUAAUGUUCAUUUAACUCAAGAUUCGGCUGAUCAUAUUGUUUACCAGGUUCAGCAAUUGGCUGUACAUUUUUCCAAUUCUCUAAAAUUUGGGAACUUUUUGUUGUGCUUGGUCACCAAAUGCUCUCCAUUAUUGAACUCUCAUAAGCUCUCAUUGGUUGAUGCUGUUGAGCAGACUAGUACUCUAGUGACCAAAUCUAUAUUAUCUAAGCUGGCUCAUUUGUAGAUAUUGAAUGAUAAUCUCUGGAUUCUUGUU